AUGCAGGAGGUACAGGACAAAUAUGUUUUCCCCAGAGACUCCAAAGAGUCAGAAAGACUCAAUGCACAGCACAACCUGCUGGUCAAAGUGACUCAAAACACCCUCAUCCACCCAUCGAUUCCCAAGGAACAGUUGUUCUCUAUUGCGGACAUAGCCACCGGAACCGGAAUCUGGCUGGACGACGUUUCGAAGUGUCUGGCACAAACCUCUCCCGCCCAGCGCUACUACCACGGCUUCGACAUCUCAGCAGACCAGUUUCCCAAAACCCCAGGCAAAAUCCACUUUUCCGUUCAAGAUCUCACCGUUCCAUUCGCCCAAGAACACUGGAACCGAUACGACCUGGUCCACGUGCGACUGGUGAUCGCUGCCCUUGAAGAGGACGAAUACCAGCUGGCAAUCGCCAAUAUCCAUGCAAUUCUGAAACCCGGCGGCUAUAUCCAAUGGGAAGAACUCGACGAAGAAACAUACAUCUCCGAAACCAACCCCGUCAUCCAGGAAAUACACCGAUGCCUCGCCGUCGGCUUCGAGGCCGAGGGAAAGAGUUCUCAGGCGUCCGCCAAGAUCUUCGAAGAAAGCCAGGCCAUUGGAUUCUUGGAUGUCGAGCGGAUUUGCUAUAGCUCGGACUGGAACAUCGAUCUUCGCCCCGAUACGGAGGAUAGGAUCGCUGCGAUUAUCGGCUCGUUAUAUCAGAGGCUUCUCUUCCGAACUGGGCAGGUUCUCGACGAAGAGACCGCGGCGGAAAAGGCGGCGGAUCUGAUCGAUCAGCAUCGAAGACUUUGUGCGCAGGGCAUCGGGGUCUUCUAUCGCCAUUUCAAGGUGUCUCUGUGCUGGGCUUGA